AUGUGUUUUUUAACUUUGAAAAAUUUUUUUUGCGAAUUUUUGAAAAUUUUUUGGAAAUUUCAAAAAAAAUUUGUAAAAAAUUUUAGUCAAAAAAAGUUUUUUUUUUAUUUUUUUUUUCUAGAGCAACUAGAAGUAGCGUGUGUUGUUGAUGAAGACGUUGAAUUACAUCCUUUCGCCUUCCGUGUUCACACUCAUAGACAUGGAACUAACGUACAUGGCUGGUUAGUCCAAGAAAAUCCUUUGACUGGACAGGAUAAAUGGACACUACUGGGAAAUAGAAAUCCACAGCUUCCUCAACUUUUCCAGCCUGUUGUAAAUCAGUCAAUAGUUAUUACACAAGGGGAUAUUUUGGCUGCUCGUUGCACUAUAAACAACAAUGAAAAACGAAUAAUCAAGAUCGGCCCUACUGGGGAAGAUGAAAUGUGUAACUUUUAUUUAAUGUAUUGGACUGAAACUGGAGGGCAAACAUUAAAAGAAAAUGCUUGUUUUUCUGCUGGCCCUCCAAAUUAUCGAUGGAGUAGCGGUGCAGGUUUAAACCAUUUACCAAAAAAGAAGUAA